AUGACCACCUACUUCACUGUCUCAGACGCAAAGCUGGUCGAGGCCAGCGGGGAGGACUUCAAGACCAUAGUAAAAAGCGGCACCCUCACCAUAACAGGCCCCUCGCCGGCGAUCACGGUUGACGGCAACCCCAUACCGCUCCAGAAGUCAUCACGGGAGCCCUUCAAGCGUGUCGGCCGGGAUUUCAAGUUUGCCACGCAGGAUGUGAUGUCAUUCUACUACGUGUCCCUCCCCGCGGGUCUUGACGAUUCUGUGUGUGACAGGUUUGAGGAGCUGCUCACGCUGUCAGAGGAGGGCCGCCCCCUCACGCUGCCCGGGCCGGCGGAGAGGGCCGCCGUCGCCGCCAAGGCCGCGAGCGCCGCGGUGGCUUCAAAGGCGUCAGAGGUCGCCGCAGCGGUGGAGGCGAAAGCGGACGACGCCUCGGCGGGUGUGCACUCCGCGCUCGGCGCCAAAGCGGGCGGGGCUGCGGGUCUUUUUGGUGCUCUGAGGGGGCUGGGCCAGAAGGCGGCGGAGGACACUCUGGCGGUGGCAAACGCAACAAAGGCCAGGGCGCAGCGCGACAUCGCCGCACUCCAGGAGAGCAGGGCCAAGAGGCACGCCGGCCGGCAGGGCGCGUGA